CAUUUUAUUGUUAGGGAUGAUAACAGAUUUCAUCCUCAGUUUUGCUUCAAAUUUGCUUUUAUGAAGAGGAAAGAGCACCAGUUUAAACGGAAAUCAAGGAUUCAAGAAAAUCAAGGACACCUAAAAGUAACGGCCCUGUGGUCUCAGGGCACUGAGGGCAGAGGAUGCCCUUUUACAAAGGACGCUUCACGCCAAAGUGGACAUAUGCAGCAUGCACUAACCCCGCCACGAAUGCAGUUCAGACUCUGUCUAAAUCCUCUAGCGCUGCAAAAAGUGGCAACAUCAUAUUAGGUAAACUUAUAUGCGUUACAAGUCUCAAGAGUGGAGAGUCGUGCAAUGGCACACACAAAAGGGAGAAAUUAUUUUUACUACCAGAAUAUGACAAGGAAACUUUGAUGCACCAUCUUAUGGCUCUCAGAUGUAUCAAACUGCAUAGUAUAAGGAUAAUACAGUUUUUUGCUGAUCUGGUCAGUAUGCGAACCUGAAGUUCAGUUGCUUACUUCACCUGUUUGCUUUUUUACUAUUUGAACACUUUUCCAGUAAAACCAGUAUUGAUCCUGACAGGGUGGACAAUGCCUGCUGAUCACAGGCAGCUAUGAACAAGUACGGUGGAUUCCGAUGUCUCCUACAUCUCGGCUCCUUGCUGUCAGUUUUGGGUCUCUUCCCAUUUACACUGGCCUUUCUGUCCGACUGGCUCACGACAACUCCAACACCAGACAUGUUCAUGUUAAACUUAUCAGUGGAAGAAGGGUUACCAGUGGGCACAUUAGUGGGCGACUUGGCAGCAGGGUCCCUCAGAGCUCCUUUCUUUAUGUCUGUCAGCUACGACUCUCCGGUUCUAGCUGAUCUGGACGUAGAUCCUGACUCUGGUCUUAUUCGUACGGCAAUAGUUCUGGACCGAGAGCUGCGGGCUAAGUACGAAUUUGCUGCAGCAACCCUGCUUGGACAAGUAGUGCAUGUAAGAAUCCAGGUACUUGAUGUGAACGACAAUCCGCCUUCCUUCUCCCAUGGCCACCUGCAACUACAACUAUCUGAGCAAAGCCCACCAGGGACAAGGCUGCAGCUCGAGGGGGCUCAGGACCCGGACGAAGGUGCCUUCAGCAUCCAGGGCUAUAUGAUCUCCUCUGGUGACCCACAGGGUGUCUUUGAGCUGCUAUUCAGCAAACGAGAAAACGACGAGGGCUCUUCUAAACUGGAACUCGUUCUUACGGGCCAACUAGACCGAGAAACCACUGACUUGUACACACUCGUCAUCGAAGCUCUGGAUGGAGGUGAACCACCUCUAACUGGACGCCUGCAUCUACAGCUUAGUGUUACCGAUGAGAAUGACAACCCCCCAAAGUUCAGCCAAGCUGAGUAUCGGGUACAGGUAUGGGAGAAUGCAGAGCCGGGUUCAGCAGUGACACAGAUUCAUGCAAGUGACCCUGACCAAGGAGAUAAUGGAGCUGUUAUUUACGAAAUCAACCGCCGGCUAAGCGACCCUGAUCUGUAUUUUGCUAUUGAACCAACCUCGGGGCUUAUCAUCUUGAACCGCACCUUAGAUCACGAACGACAGUCCAUGCACCAGCUUAUCAUACAAGCCAGGGACCAGGGCUCUCCACCCGAAGUAGGCAGUGUUUUCGUCCUGGUGCAGGUGCUGGAUAUUAACGAUAAUAGCCCCAUCAUUGACAUACUAUUUCUUACCGAGGACGGGGAGCCAGCCAUCUCCGAGGGGGCCCGACCUGGUGAUUAUGUUGCUCGGAUUACACUCUCCGAUCCCGAUUUGGGUUUGGAAGCGCCUUCAGGUGUACAUGUAUCUCUGCAAGGGGCCAAUGAUGCUUUUGUCCUACGUCCUGCUACAACUGAUGACAUGUUAUACUUUUUGUGUGUGUCUGGGCUCCUGGACCGUGAGAGCAGGGACUUGUACGAGCUCACAUUUAGCGCUUGGGAUUCGGGUUAUCCCCAGAUGGGUAAUGACAAAACAGUGAUACUCCGUGUGCUGGAUGAAAACGACAAUGCACCGGCAUUCGACGUCCCUGAUGGCAGUUACGAGGUACAUGUAUCAGAGGAUGCGUCUCCAGGAACUGGGGUUCUGCAGAUUCGAGCUCAUGACUUGGACGAAGGAAUUAAUUCCGUUAUCCGCUAUAGUAUUACCCCCUUGGACUAUCUCGAUGCAGAACUUUCCGUGCAAAUCCAUCCGGUCACUGGUUUGGUGACCACUUCUGGUGGAUUGGACUAUGAGAUAGCAGACACUCUAAUACUUCUUGCUGUUGCCUGCGAUAUGGGGGCACCUGUCCCAUUGUCUUCUACCGCUACACUUACUAUCCACAUUGAGGACGCGAACGACAAUGAGCCAAAGUUUGAGAAGCAGGUGUAUAACUCCAGCGUUUUGGAACAUGCACCUAUCGGAGAGUGCUUUUUACAAGUCUCAGCAAUGGAUUCAGACAGUGGUCAAUAUGGAAAAAUAUGGUACUCUCUUGUUGAUGGUUUCAGUAAUUAUGGAAGGCCACAGAACUUCAGAGUUGAGCCUCACACUGGUCAAGUCUGUGUGUUAUUGGAUAUUGAUAGAGAAAGUGGUCCACAGUGCUACAGUUGUUUGGUAAAAGCUGAAGACGGAGGUGGCCUGAGUACACAAGCUGUUGUUCACGUUGAGAUUGAAGAUGUUAAUGAUAACCCGCCCAUUUUUAACCCUGUGUCCUACAUGGCAAGUAUCAGCAGCCACAGCCUGCCAGGGACUGAGAUCCUCAGUGUGGUAGCCACUGACUUAGAUACUGGGACUUAUGCAGAGGUGCUGUACGAACUUGUGACAGGCGACUUUUCUUCACUCUUUACUGUCGAUGCUGCGACGGGUGCGAUCUACUUAAUAGCUAGUCUAUCUUACGUAAAUGCUUCCAGCAUACUUCUACAAGUCACAGCACAUGAUGGAGGUGGCCUUUCAUCACUGAACAAUGCGGAUGUCACAGUAAACCUUGUACACAGUGAUCUUGCUCCACCCAUAUUUGAAAAGUCUCAUUACUCAUUUAUUAUCCCUGAGGAUGCGCCCAAAGGAAGCCAUGUUGGAUCUGUGAAGGCGAUCAACCCUUCAGGCAUGUUAAACACAAAAUUAGGCACAGAGUCUGCUGGACUAAUGUCUUAUAGAAUAUCAUCAGGUGAUCCCUAUGGAUGCUUUUCUGUUGAUCCGCAGUUGGGAAUCAUCAGAACCACAAAGGAGUUAGACCAUGAAGCUCAGCCUUUCGUGAUUCUCGUUGUCCAGUCUCACUUGGGUGAUUUGCCAGUAUACAGCACUAGCCAAGUCAAUGUUACCGUCACUGAUAUCAAUGAUAAUUUUCCAGUGUUUCCAAAGACAGCAGAAACAAUCACCAUUUCCCCAAACACCAUGCCAGGCACAGCCCUUUACAUAGCUCAUGCAGAUGACAAAGACAGUGGGCUCAACGGAAUGCUGGGGUACUCAAUGAAGUUCAAUCAGCCCAGCUUGUUUACCAUUGAUCAGAAUCUUGGCACAGUGUACUUGAAUAUGACUUUUGACAUGGACAGACAUCACACUUAUACACUGGAGAUUACAGCCAAAGAUAUGGGACAACCAUCACUGAGUUCCACAUUUACAUUAACCAUUGAUGUUGUUCAGAAUGACAUAGGGGUUACAUUGGCAUUUGAAAACCUAAUUUAUCAUGCAGAAGUAAGUGAGCUGCUUUCACCUGGUACACAAAUCUUGCAGACCAGGGCCCGUGGGCAUACCAACAGACUUAACUCCUUCUUUGUAUAUUCUCUGGAGCUCUGCCUAGAAAGUGUAAUGUUUGGCAUUGUCCAAGAAAGUGGAUGGCUAUUUCUUCGUAAACCUUUAGACUAUGAAUCUACUCAUAAUUACAAUUUUAAGGUAUAUGUGACAGAAGUCAUGGGUGACAAGCGAUCCAAUGCUACCACUUCAGUGAUUAUUAAUGUUAUUGAUGAAAAUGACAACCCCCCUGCAUUUAUUUCAGACUACUUCUUCUUCACUGUGGAGGAGAGCUCUGUCCCUCUCGGCUUGCUGGGUAAAAUAGAAGCAGUGGAUCCAGACUCAGGCAGAAAUGGUCAGAUGUCUUAUUUUCUGCUAUUAGAUGGGAAACAUUUCCGAAUUAACAGCAAAACAGGGGAGCUUACAAACUGGGUUGCACUAGACCAUGAACAAUGUAUACAUCACCAGCUGCAUGUGAUGGUGACAGAUCAUGGUAUCCCUCGUCGAAAUGCAACAGCUGUGGUUUAUGUUCUGGUCUCUGAUAUCAAUGAUAAUGCACCACAGUUUCAAAACAUGUUUCAUAGAGGAAACAUCAAUAUCCAGGUCCUGGAAGCACAGCAGGCUGGCACAUUAGUGACCACUGUAUUUGCGGAUGACCCUGAUGCUGGAGCCAAUGGAACAGUGUUCUACUCUAUCUCAUCAGAGAAUGGGUUUAAUCCUUUUAAGAUUGAUUCUAAGACUGGUGAGUUAUGCACAACUGAAAUUCUUGUAUACAGUCAAACACCUACCUACAAACUGACUGUAAGUGCACAUGACCAAGGAAAACCAGCCCUUCAGUCAACAGCUAUAAUAAAUAUACAGGUAAUCCCUCUUCCAAGAGAGAAAUCAAGCUUUGACCUCUAUACCAGACUUUUUAUAAUAACAGAGGAUUUUAGACCUGGACAAGUGAUUGGUUCUUUAAGACCACGUGACCAGGGUGUAUUUAUUAAUGCAAAUGUGGAGUAUGAAAUUAUUGAAGGAGAUGAAAAUUCACAUUUUCUAAUUGACAGUCCUUCUGGAGAUAUAUACCUGGCUAAGGAACUUGAUUAUGAAAUUACUUCAAAUUUCUUACUGAAAGUAGAUAUUACAGAAACAGGCACAAUCUUUACAGUUAGGAAUGGGACAUUUUUUAUCAACAUUAUUGUGGAGGACAGGAAUGACCACUUUCCUUCAUUUUUACAACAUUUUAUAGUAAUUGGCAUACAGGAAAAUCUGCCUAUUGGCACAACACUUUGCACUUUUAAUGCAAGGGAUGGUGAUGGCAGUUUGCCAAAUAGAAAUCUGCAGUAUGCCAUCAUUUCUAAUAAUCUUCAAGAGAAUCCUUUUAACAUUGACCCCUGGACUGGGACUCUAUCACCAGCUGUCCUCAUUGACAGAGAGACUACUCCUGCAUUCAUUCUAACCAUCAGUGCAACAGACCAGGCUGAAAAUACGCUACGCAGGUCAGGUUCACUAUCAGUAAAGGUAAUUGUCCUGGAUGCAAAUGACAACAGUCCUGUGUUUCUCUCUUCUGGCACUUGCUAUAUCCUUGAAGAUGCAGAAGUGGGGUCAGUUGUUCAUCAUGUAGUAACACAGGAUCCAGAUGCGGGCAAGAAUGGAAGAGUUACCUACAAGAUUCUUUCAGGAAAUGAAGAUCAUAUAUUUAAGUUGGACAGCACAUCAGGAUUGUUAUUGCUGGCUUCCACCUUGGACCGUGAGAAUCGGGAAUCAUAUGAACUCACUGUCGUGGCUCAGGAUGAAGGUACUAAUGCUCUUUCAUCCACUCAGAUGCUGACAGCCAUCAUCAUUGAUGUAAACGAUGAUGUACCAACUUUGAAAGGGCCCCUGCUGGAAGCAGCAGUUGCUGAAAACAAAGAACCAGGAGAGCUAGUCUACAAAAUGCAGGCUACAGACAGGGAUUCAGGUAUGAAUUCUGUGCUGUCAUACCAGAUUUUACCAGGACUGGGAUAUGAAUUCUUCCAUGUGAAUGCCGAAACAGGAGAAAUCACCACCACAGCUAUGCUGGACAGAGAACUGCAGGAACGCUUUAUUCUUAAGGUGAUGGUAAAGGAUGGUGGUUUUCCUGCUCUGUCCAGCACAGCUACAGUGACCUGCAGUAUACUGGAUGAAAAUGACAAUGCUCCGGAAUUUAUACUGCCCAUUCAUCAGCUGCAGCUGCAAGAGAAUCAGGAGCCAGGGAUUGUUUACACUGUGCAGGCCAUAGAUAAGGACACUGCAGAGAAUGGAACUGUUCGAUGUCAUAUCACUGAUGGGAAUCAAGAUGGCUACUUCGCUAUCAAUGGACUAUCAGGAGACCUGAGCACAACUCAUAGCUUGGACAGGGAGAAGAGGAGCAACUUCAGUCUUUUAUUAGAAUGCCAUGAUCUUGGUAGCCCAAUGAAGUACAUCUCUACCAGUCUAGACAUCAUAGUGACAGAUGAGAAUGACAACAGCCCUGUGUUCACCAGGAGCCAAUAUCGAGCCUCAGUUAGGGAAGACCUUGUCAUUGGAUCUGUGGUACUUCAGCUGACUGCUGUGGAUGUGGAUGAAGGGCCUAAUGGUGAGGUGGUGUACUCUCUUAUUGAUGACACCCUUGGCGCUUUCACCAUAGAGAUCACAACUGGUACUGUCACCACGGCAAAGGCCCUUGACCGGGAAAUUAAAUCUCAGUAUAUGUUCCGGGUGAUGGCUAGUGACUGCAGCAUGCAGAGUCCUCGGAGUUCUACUGUGACUGUUGUAGUGCACAUUGAGGAUGUUAAUGACAACUCCCCUGUUUUCAUUCAGAAUCCCGUUAAUGCUUAUGUAUCCAAGGCAACAGCAGUUAAUCAGACAAUUGCUUUGAUGCAAGCUGAGGACUCAGAUCAGGGAGAUAAUGGCACUGUACUUUUUUCCUUCACACAGCCCAGUGCCUUAUUUUGGAUAAAUCCGAGAACAGGAGAAGUCAUGCUUCAUGCUUCCUUACCCAUCAGGCCGUUCACUGUACAAGUCCUCAGAGUCACUGUCACUGAUUGUGGAGUCCUCACCAGGUCUACCACAGCACUCUUAUUAAUUCAUCUGCAAACUGAGGAGAAAAGGUUAAGCUGUAGACAGAGUGAAUACAAUGUGAGCCUUCAGGAGAAUAGCAGAACUGGAGCAUCUGUGAUUACUGUGCAAGCCUAUAGUCCUGAUCUGAGUGGAAGGAGCAUUCAGUAUAACCUUUUUGGUGCUGGUGAGACAGAUACCUUCAGGAUAAAUCCUAGAACUGGUGAAAUUGCUGUGAAGAAUUCCACUUCCUUGGAUUUUGAAAUAAAAACGAAAGUGCAGCUUAUUGUACUGGCCGAAAGUAAGAGAUGGAUUGCCUACUGUCAAGUGACAAUUGCAGUGCAAGAUGUAAAUGACAACCAACCAAGAUUUGAACAGGCAGAGUACAGAACAUCAGCAUGGGAGGGGCAGCUUUUUAACACAUAUAUUAUGCAGGUAUUUGCUGCAGACGCUGACAGUGGGCUAAAUGGACAAGUUGAAUAUUCUAUCAUAUCUGGUAACAUAAACAAUGCAUUCAUCAUUGAUUCAGUCCGAGGAAUUCUGGCAACAAAUGCCAUUCUGGACCAUGAAAUUGUUUCAUCAUAUUGGUUGGUGGUACAGGCAGCAGACAGAGGGAGUCCCAGGCUUUCAUCAACAGCCAUUGUAAAGAUUCAAGUUAUCGAUGUAAAUGACAAUGCUCCAACAAUUCCCCAUCUGGAACACAUUGAAAUUGCUGAAAAUCUUCCUGCUGGCUAUGUUGUAACACAAAUCUCAGCAGAUGAUGUGGAUUUGAAUCCCACACUGUCCUACAGCUUCAGUGGAAAGUGGAAGGGAAGGAACAAAUUUACUAUUGAUCGUUACACUGGUGUCAUUGCAUUGAGAGAACCCCUGGAUUUUGAAGACACAACUCACUACCUGCUAACAAUCAGGGUAUCUGACUCUGUCCAUGAAGCAGAAGCUGAUCUUUCUAUUACUGUUCUUGAUGCAAAUGAUAAUCCACCAGUUUUCGCCACAGAUUUCUAUAAGGUGUCUAUAUCAGAACACACACCUGUGCAUUCCCAGAUUUUGACUGUAUCCGCCACAGAUGAGGAUUCAGAAAUGAAUGGAAGGGUAUCAUACAGAAUUCUUCCUUCUUCCUCUCUUCGUGGAUUUUAUAUUGAUUCUUCAAAUGGAUCAAUUUUUAUGGAGAAGCCUUGGACAUACAUGAAUGAUUCUCCUACAUUUACACUUCUUGUAGAAGCUAAGGAUGAUGGACAACCAUCUCUAUAUACCAUUGCUGCUGUAGAAAUUCAGGUUUUUGACAUAAAUGACCAUGCCCCACAAUUUACUCAAGCAGAGUAUCAUCUUAUGAUUGAUGAGAACGCAACAGUUGGCGGAACCUUCCUCUUACUUUCAGCUAAUGAUAGAGACUGGGCUCGUGACAAUAUCUUUGCAGAUUAUUAUAUCAUAAGUGACAAUGAAAAUAAAUUCUCCAUUGAAACCACUACUGUUCUUUCAGAGCAUCCUUAUAAAAGAGUGGCUAGUCUUCUACUGCUGGGUGCUCUUGACCGAGAGACUUGCUCUAACUACAGUUUGACCAUCCUUGUUUCUGAUCGUGGAGCUCCACCUCUGAACACGAGCACAGUCGUACUGAUAACGGUACUUGAUAUUAAUGAUAACACUCCAGAAUUUACCAAUUUGACCUAUAGCAUUCAAGUCAAUGAGAGUUCUCCUGUAGAAACCCUCCUCAUUCAAGUUUCUGCAAGUGAUGAUGAUGAGGGAGUUCAUGCAGAUUUAACCUAUAUGAUCAUUUCAGGGAAUGAGAAGGGACAUUUUAAGCUGAACUCUAGAUCUGGUCUUCUUCAUUUAGUACAGCCUUUAGACUAUGAAGAGGACUCAGAAUUCAUAUUGUCAAUUCAAGCGACUGAUGGAGGAACAGCAAACAGAAAUAUAGCUUUUUCAGUUCUAAUUGUCAGUGUGCUGGAUGACAAUGACUAUACACCAUUUUUCAUAUUUCCUACUUUGAAAUGUUCAGUACAUGAGAAUCUGCCAUCAUUCAGUCCAGUCUGUAUGGUUAAUGCUCUGGAUUUUGAUGCUGGCCCUUAUGGAGAACUGUCCUACUCCAUUGAGUCGGUAUGCCAUUUUAGUGUCAAAGCCUAUGGGAUACAAGCAGGGACAGACUUAUUUACAAUAGAUUCCUUAACUGGAGAGCUUUACACAAAGCAAAUGUUCAACUAUGAAGUAAGAAAUGAAUACUGUCUGGUUGUUCGGGCUAAAGAUAAAGGUGGUAAAACUGCAACUGUGUUUGUUCAAGUGCAUAUUAAUGGAGUUGAUGAAUUUGAUCCAGUGUUUUCACAAGCCAAUUAUUUUUUUAAUUUACCUGAAAAUUUUGAAUUAGGCCAGUCAGUUGGUCAAGUGCUGGCUACAGAUGAGGAUGGUGGAGUAGAUGGAGUUAUUUUUUAUACUUUGUUUAAGCAUUCUCAGCAUUUUGCAGUAAACAAAACUAGUGGCAUCAUAUAUAUCACUGCAACUCUUCACAUGACACAAAACAGUGUAAAAAUGAAGCAACCAAUAGAAAAACUGUGGAUAAGAGCACACAGUCCUAGACUAGAUUCCAGAUCAACAACUUGCAAUGUUGCUGUUAACAUUUCUAGGUCAUUACAGGCCAGCAUAAGAUCCACAGUGCAUGGCCUUUUGAUUAGUCUUACAGUCUCACUGGCUGCAUUUGUGUUGCUGGGCAUUAGCCUUGCUGGACUUAUUGUUAGAUACAAAACAAAGUAUGCAAAUAGUUUUAAUGGAAAGAAAGAAAUAUCACGUUUUUCUAUUGCAGAAGAUAACAUAAAUGACAGAAAUGUCAUUAGGUGUACUCCUGGAGGACAGCCAUUCAGUAACAAUGAAAUGCAGGCGUGCACAAUGCUUUUAAACUCACUCCAGCAGCCAACACAAGUAGACAUUCAGAGUAUAAAAGAGGUUCAGAAUCCCAGUAAACAUUCUGGAUCCAGUGGCCGAGGUUCUUCAGAAGAAGUGACUCCAGAGGAUGAGGAAAUUAAAUGGAUUAAUGAACAUCCACUGAGAAAGAUCUGUGAUUCUGGCCUGAAUGAGAGAGCCUCACAUCUACCAGACUCUGGAAUUCCGCAAGAGACAGACCAAAUGUCUAUGCAAUCAGAUGAAGCAGAUGAUAUUGCCAUGGUAGAAUGUGUAGGCAGCAUCCACAGCUUUCAUGAUUGCAGCAGGGGAGAGAAAUGUGGUACCAGCUGUAUUAAAAAUCUAAGUAUAACAGAAAAACGAGAGGAGGAAGAAAAGAAAGGAAUAUGUCUGAACAUGAACAGAACAAAGGAUUCUGUUUUCAUUGCAGAUGCACAAAUCUCAGUACACCAUGCAAUUAUGUCUCUUUUGACUGGUAAUGAGGAAUUACAUGGUAGUUAUAACUGGGAUUACUUGCUCAACUGGGAACCAAAGUUUCAGUCACUGGCCUUAGUGUUUAGAGACAUUGCAGAGCUAACAGAUGAAAAUGUACAGCAGCAUUCUGAAAAGGAAGACUCAACUGCACUAACGUUUCCCCCACCUUUGAUAACAUCUGUAGCCCAGCCAGGUAUAAAAGCCAUUCCUCCCAAGAUGGCAACUGCAGUACUCAUGCCCACUUUACCAAAAUGUCAGGAGUCAUGGCCGGCCCACAGUGCAGGAUGUAUAACCUCAGCCAUGACUCCUAGCUUCUCACCAUCGCUUUCACUGCUCACCCCCAAUACUCUAACAGUGAGUCCAUUUAUAGGAGAUGCGGGUGUUUCUGUACCUUCCUUUGCAAUGGUGUCUCGUGAAUGUAUGUGUGAAGAUGAUGAAAUUCAGUUAUGAAUUCUUAAAUAUUUUGUUAAAACUUAGAAAGCUUUUAUAUUAGCCUCUAGACUUAUGUACAUAAUUUUAUAUUUAAUUUUAUAUAUUAAGUAAUAUUUUCCAUAGUAUGAAAAUUCAAAAGAAUACAUAAUACCCAUUGUGAACCAUUUAUUAGGGACUUACUUACAUAAUUUAAUAUUUUAUUUUGUAUGUCAAAUAAUAUUUAUCAGAUUAGG